CUUUCUGCUACUGUUUCUGGUCAGCAUCCUUCUUUUCCUUUUUUUUUCUUUUCUUCUUUUAACUUCUAUUUUAUUAUAUUAAAGUAAAAUAAUAAAAAUGGGUGCAAACGGGUCAAAAGAUGCUUCCUCAAGAUCUAGUAGUUUACAAUCCAUUCAUUUCAAAAAUAAACCUCAAGAACAAGUUGACUUUGGUACUGUAUUCCCAAAUGGCCUUUAUUCCACCACUCCACAAGACUUUGACUCUAGAAUCCUACGACAACUCAUUUUAUCCAAAAAAUUAUCUCCUUUUUAUAAAGGUCUACCUGAUGCCCCGGAACAAGUAACAGCAAUUUCUCAUUUACCCCAAUUACAACCUUCUACUUCAUUAUCAACAUUAUCAACACCGCAUGUUACAAAAGGACGACCUCGUAGUGCUUCUAACCGAAGUGAAAAGAUGCAACGAACAGUAGAAAAGGAACCUUCUUAUGCCGACAAGAUGAAAGCACAAAAGGCCAUGUUAUACAAUGAUGCUGUAGAAUGUCCUAUUUGUUUUUUGUAUUAUCCACCAAAUAUCAAUUAUUCUCGUUGUUGUGAUCAACCCAUAUGUACUGAAUGUUUUAUCCAAAUUCAUCGACCCACAGAUGAUCCCUCAAGUCCUGCCACAUGCCCUUUUUGUUUGGAAUCAAAUUAUGGUAUAACUUAUACUGCACCUGCUUGGAGCGAAAAACCAAAACGACUUCGAUCCUUUUCUUCUUCUUCUUCCUUAUCAACAUCCUCAUCUCCUGUCAUUUCCACUGGUGCUCGUCAUACUACUUCUGGUGUUAGUGAUGGUGUAAAACCUCGUAGAAAAAGUAUCAGUCAUAAACAUCCGGAUGUCGUUUUGAUAGAUCAUAUUCGACCUCAUUGGAAUAAACCUUCAACAACAUCAUCAACAAGAUCUUCACGACGUAAUUCUCUUACAACAUCCAAUUCACCUGGACGUCACUUACUUCGGGCAGUAACACGACCUGGACGUUCAGCUUCAUCAGCAGCAUCUACAGAAUACAAUCAAUACUUGGCCAAUGUGCGUGAUAUGAAUAUGGAUUUAGAAGAAUGGAUGGUGAUGGAAGCUAUCCGAUUAUCUCUCGCAGAACAUGAGGAACAAGCACGAAAUGGACAACAACAACAGGAAGAAGUUGAAACACCAUCCACCACCACAUCUUCAUCCAUGUCAUCAUCUUCAUCAUCAUUACAAUCACCAUCCAUUCGACCUCAAGAUCCAUCACCAUCAACUGUUCAUGUUCCUGGCACCUCAACUGACCAACUGGAUGACGACGAUGAACAACCAUUAGCAGUUCGUGUGCAACAAUACCAGCAACAAACAGCUCAGGAACAGAAUAGGCUUCUUUCAUCUUCGCCUUCUGCGGUUUCAUCAACUUCAACAUCAUCAACAAAUCAAAAUUUAUUAGAUGAAGAAGAAUGUUCAGUGGAUAAAAAAUCAUCAACCGAACAUGAUCCAACUUCACCAACCACCGAUAUUAUUUGUUGAUCAUCCCCCCUUUCUGUUACCCAUAUUGUAGUGUUAUAGCUCUUUCCUUUUUUUUUCAUUACCACUUUUCAUUUAUGUAUAUCUUUUUUUUUUGGGUCCUUUGUGUAAUCAACCCGUCCUCAUUUUGGAAAAUGUCAAUAAAAUGAUCCAUUGGU